AUGUCGAACGAUAAGGGUCUCGAGGACCUCCCCGAGGGAACCAUCGAGUCCAACUACGAUGAGAUCACCGACUCCUUCGAUUCCAUGGACCUGAAGGCUGAGCUGCUUCGCGGUGUCUACGCCUACGGUUUCGAGCGUCCCUCUGCUAUUCAGCAGCGCGCCAUCAUGCCCAUCAUCAAGGGUAACGAUGUUAUCGCUCAGGCCCAGUCCGGUACCGGUAAGACCGCUACCUUCUCCAUCUCCGCUCUCCAGAAGAUCGACACCUCUGUCAAGGCCUGCCAGGCUCUGAUUCUUGCUCCCACCCGUGAGCUGGCUCAGCAGAUCCAGAAGGUCGUUGUUGCCAUUGGUGACUUCAUGCAGCUGGAGUGCCACGCCUGUAUCGGUGGUACCAACGUCCGUGAGGACAUGACCGCUCUCCGUGAGGGUCCCCACAUCGUUGUCGGUACCCCCGGCCGUGUCCAGGACAUGAUCCAGCGCCGUGUCCUGCGCACUGAUUCCAUGAAGCUCUUCAUCCUCGACGAGGCCGAUGAGAUGCUUUCCCGUGGUUUCACCGAGCAGAUCUACGACAUCUUCCAGCUUCUGCCCCAGUCUACCCAGGUCACUCUUCUGUCCGCUACCAUGCCCCAGGACGUCCUCGAGGUCACCACCAAGUUCAUGCGUGACCCCGUCCGUAUCCUGGUCAAGAAGCAGGAGCUUACCCUUGAGGGUAUCAAGCAGUUCUAUAUCGCCGUCGAGAAGGAGGAGUGGAAGCUCGACACCCUCUCCGAUCUCUACGAGACCGUCACUAUCACCCAGGCCGUCAUCUUCUGCAACACCCGCCGAAAGGUCGACUGGCUCACCGACAAGCUCACUGCCCGUGACUUCACUGUCUCCGCCAUGCACGGUGACAUGGAGCAGGGUCAGCGUGAUGUUAUCAUGAAGGAGUUCCGUUCCGGUUCUUCUCGUGUCCUGAUCGCCACCGACCUUCUGGCCCGUGGUAUCGAUGUCCAGCAGGUUUCCCUGGUCAUCAACUAUGAUCUCCCCGCCAACCGUGAGAACUACAUUCACCGUAUCGGUCGUGGUGGUCGUUUCGGUCGUAAGGGUGUUGCCAUCAACUUCGUCACCGCCGACGAUGUUCGCAUGCUGCGUGAGAUCGAGCAGUUCUACAGCACCCAGGUUGAGGAGAUGCCCAUGAACGUUGCUGACCUCAUCUAA